GCGUGGUGCCAGCAGCGCCAGAAGAGUUGGGACUCGUGAGGGAGCGGCGCUCAUCAUGCUCCGUCGGGAGGCUCGCCUGCGCCGCGAGUACCUGUACCGCAAAGCCCGGGAGGAGGCGCAGCGAUCCGUUCAGGAGAAGAAGGAGCGAGUCAAGCGUGCUCUAGAAGAAAACCAGCUGAUUCCCACCGAGUUACGCCGGGAGGCUCUAGCCUUACAGGGGUCCUUGGAGUUCGAUGAUGCUGGUGGAGAAGGUAAUCUGUGCUCUGCAGCCCUCUUCCACACUGAACCAACUUCUGUGCCCACUGGGCUCCAGGUCCUCUUCAGCCACACUGGACAAUUUCCCACCUGAUGGAAGUGUCCAGGUGUAACCAGCCAUGUAGAUGAUGAAUAUCGAUGGGCCGGGGUUGAGGAUCCUAAGGUCAUGAUCACUACCUCCAGAGACCCUAGUUCUCGCCUGAAAAUGUUUGCAAAGGAACUGAAGCUGGUGUUCCCAGGUGCCCAGCGCAUGAACCGAGGUCGGCAUGAGGUUGGAGCACUAGUGAGAGCUUGCAAAGCCAACGGGGUCACCGACCUGUUGGUGGUCCAUGAGCAUCGAGGCACACCCGUGGGGCUCAUUGUCAGCCAUCUGCCCUUCGGUCCUACUGCCUAUUUCACACUGUGUAACGUGGUCAUGCGGCACGACAUCCCUGACCUGGGCACCAUGUCAGAAGCCAAGCCCCACCUCAUCACUCAUGGCUUUUCCUCACGGCUGGGCAAGCGGGUGUCGGACAUCCUUCGUUACCUAUUCCCCGUGCCAAAAGACGACAGCCAUCGGGUCAUCACCUUUGCAAACCAGGAUGACUACAUUUCAUUCCGGCACCAUGUCUACAAGAAGACAGACCACCGCAAUGUGGAGCUGACUGAGGUCGGGCCUCGAUUUGAGCUCAAGUUGUAUAUGAUUCGCCUGGGCACACUGGAGCAGGAGGCCACCGCAGAUGUAGAGUGGCGCUGGCACCCCUACACCAACACCGCCCGCAAGAGGGUCUUCCUGAGUGCCGAGUGAGCUGAGCUACUUGCCAGUCAGAAUGCAGACUUGGAAUCCUGGAUCAGAGACUUGUCACAGACAGAUUCACUAAUCCUAAGUGGAGACUGGAGGGAUCUAAAUAACCCCUCUGUCAUCACGCUCCCAGCUGCCUCUAACUGGUCACGGUUGGCCUACUGUCUGUCAGGACAAACCUGAAGCCCACAGAGUAUCUAUGGGUUGAGGACCUAAUGACAGUGGACUGAAUAGUCACCUUCAGGCUGGGGUAGGGCUGCAGAUCUGCACUGGAAAGUGGUUACUUUCUUCAGAGUUGGGCCCUGUGAACACUUUUUUCCUGUGGUUUAGGGUCAGUCUUUGUCACCAGCAGCAAGCCUACACCAUUUAAUUACCAGCCUAACUUACAAGCAGGGGCACCCUCCUCUAACUGCGAGCUUUUCCCCUCAGCCUCUUUGUUCGAAGAGAUAGCGACUCUAAGACUUAAUAUUUCAUGAAUAAACGCCUAGGCCAACAGCUAGCGUCUAUUCCCUGCCUAGCUCAUUACUCAGUUCCUUGUUUGUUUUGUGAGUGCCCUAUGGCUGGUUACCUCAGUUUCAUGCAACCAUCUCCUGUGCCUCUUUUCCAGAAUCCCCUCUCUCUCCGCAGGAUAUCCCAUCUCCUGUUUCUUGCCUUAGCUCAUUGGCCAUACUUUUCUAUUGACCAGUGAUAUUUCCAUACAGAACACAAGAGAUUCUCUCUGCACCCUCCCUCUUUCCCAGGAGACAGAGUGACACCCACAGCCUGCCUACCAUAUCUCUGCCUAUCUACAUCUACAAUGGGCCUGUCCAUCAGCCACAGGGAGAGCUAGUGUUGCCCAGGGAAGGGCCUCAAGAGGCUGUGCCACAGCCGUUUGCAACUUACUGUCCUCUCUGUAUCCAAAACCCUGAACUUCCCCAAGGGCCCUGGGUUUGUAUAGAGUGGUUGUCAAGACCCUAGAGCUCGCAGAGAGAAUUGGUGAUGGGAUCUACCAUACCAUUAGGAGGAGGCCUCUGAGGAAGCAUGCCAGACAGGAUAAGGGAGAUGUCUGCAUGGUGUCAUGAAAACCUAACGAUAGUGAGAGAACAGAAGCCAUCUGGAUGAUGUGCAAGGCCCUUGAGGUCCAAUAAGAUGAGGAAGGUUAGGCCAGUGCUCUGGGACGGGUGGGCCCACAACUGCAGCUCAUGAAUCCAAUUCUCAACAAGGCCUCUGGGAUCCUCCCAUGGCUUUGCGUGUGGUGUGUGUGUGUGUAUAAAUUUCAAAAUGCAAGUAAAAUCAUGUGAUCUAUGUUUUUUGUUUGUUUUGAGACAGGGCUUGUGUAGCCCUGGCUAUCUAGCUGUCCUGGAACUCACUCUGUAGACCUAGCUAGUUCUGAGCUCAGAGAUCGGCCUGUCCCUGCCUCAUGAGUGCUCAGACUAAAGGCGUGCACCUCCACAGCCCAGCUCUGUACAUUUCUUAUGGCUACCAUAAGGGAUUCUUGUGGAGCUGAUAAUUUAACAGAAAUUGGUUCAUGGUGCGAGGUGAGGGUGUUCACUCCCUAAGGCUGAGUGUGUUGGGGAUGGGGGUGUGUUUGCUCUUCGGCUUCUGAUGGCUGCAGUAACCCUUUGUAUCGCCUCUUGCUACCAUAGCACUUCACUGUCGGCCUUCAUCUUCAGUGCUGAGUCUGUUGACCUAGUCUCUUGAAUAUUUCUUAGAAGGACCUUUGUUACUGUGCUUACUGCACAUGUCUAGGUCCAUCUCAUUUACAAUUCUGAACUUGUAUCUUCAGAGACCCUUUCAAAUGCACUCAUAUUUACAGAUUUUAAGAAUUAGGAUUUUUUUCUUGUAAUCUGUAAGAGUUGCCUGCAUAUAUAUCUGCCACCUGAUGAGGCCAGGAGAAGGUGUAGCAUCCCCUGGGUCUGGAGUUACAGACAGUUGGGAGCCAUCAUCUGGAUCCUGGAGAUUGAACCUCCAUCUUCUGCGAGAGCACCUCGUGUUCUUAACCCAAGCCUGCCUUUGUAAAUGAGCUUGCUCUCUCUUGCAGCUCUACACUCUCUGUCCUGCCUGUUUAGUGUCUUAAUUAUGAUGUGAUAGAAAGGUUUCUUUUCUGGUCUUGCCCUUUUGGAGUUCUGAGGGCCUCUUGGAUCUCUUUUUGCACCUCUUCAUCUAGAGUUGGGAAAUUUAAAAGUAUCUCCUUUCUGAAUUCAUUUGGCAUGAAAUUCCCCUCGUAUGCCCAUAAUUUUGGCCUUUGCAUAAUGCCCCAAAGGUCUUGCACGUUUUAUUCACACACACUUACAUGCAUCAUUGGCCUUGACUGAGUGAUGCGGUUCUGCCUUGCUCUGAAGCCCCGCCUCCUCUCCUGUAUGCAAUCCUCUCUAUUCUGGGGCUUCUUCCCACUGAGCUUCUACCUGACCUGCACUUUUCGCUUUCUACCCUCAUCUCAGUUCAGGUUUUCCUCUCUGUAUGUCUUUAUCAAAUUCUACUUUCACAUCUUGAAUGGACUUUCUGAUUCCAUGCUGAUGUUUGUGUUCUCUUGGUGACUAUCCAUGUCCUGUCUGGGUUGAUGGAUUGCUUUGGUUUUUUUUUUUUUUUUUAAUUGUGUGUCUGAAGUUUAUGUAAGUCAUCUUCAUCGGGGGCCAGUAUUGUGGAAUUGGUAAUUUUUGGAGAAGACAGAUUGUCUUGGUGUUUCCUAUUAUUCCUGGUGUUGUGUUGAGACCUGGUGUUUUAAUUAUUCCUAAAUCUAGGUUGCCUUUCUGCUUUUAGUGGGAAUGCUUUCAAUAUUCAGGAAAGACCAGUAAGGUUGAGUUGACAUUUUCUUUUAGACUUGUUCAGACUCUAUCCCUGACCUGCACAGGAAGUCGGAGAGCCACUGUCCAUCAAUAAACCCACCGUGAAAGUAGUGUCAGUUAACUACGAAACAGGCAUUCCUUAAAUGCCAACUAGUUUGGGGGAGUAAAGGGCCACACUGUAAAGGGCCACACUGUGCUGUGCUAGUGUAUUGGUUACUGAGUGGAGAGAAAAACACCACAACAGGACUGGUUAUUAUUGCUAGGUCUCAGUUAAAACAGAACCCAAAAGACGAAAGGCAGAUCCGCCUUCUAAACCCCGGGGCCUCUUGUUAGGUACAGUUUGACCUCCACCUGCCUGUCCCCCAUCCAAAAAGGCAGUCUCUUACUCCAUCCCCUCUUCCUCUCCCACCCAGAAGUCCCACCUACUCCUCGCCUAGUGAUUGGUCUCCUGAAAUCUUUAUUCAUUAGGGGAUGUUUCUGCCACAAAGGGGGCAUGUGUAGAAGGAAUGGUUGAAACAAUGAAGCGAGGAGGGGAGGAGUGGGAGCUUGAAUUAAGAGUAAGCUGAAAAGGAAUCUCAAAGACAUACACUCAAAAAUGGACUCCAGUCUCCUCUCUCUGGAGGUUAAGUCACAUGACUAUAACCCAGGGCAGCCAAUGUUCUUUGGAAGAGAGAGGAUAAAGAUGGGGGAAAGAAAAAAAAUUAAAAAAAAAAUAAAAAAAAAAAAGAUGGGGGAAAGAGGAAAGUAAAAGGUGGAAACUGUCAUGAGACUAUGGUGGUCUGCUGCAUUGACCUUGGGUAUCAUAAAUUAGGAAGAGCUGUAGGGGAACAAGAGCUGGAUGGAGACUGGGUGUGUGGCUGGAUUCUGUUUGACCCCCUGACCUAGUUGACUGAAGGUGUGUGCACAUGUGUGUGCAUGGGUAUGGCAUCUAACCUCAUGGUGAGCUGGAGCCCCAGUGGGAGGUAUAGUGAUAUUCAUAGAGCUCUGCAGCCAUCUCCACGAUCGAUCUAAUUUUAAUUCAUCUUUAUCCUCGAGAGAAACCUCACAUUCACUGUUAGGAUUCCAGCCUGGGCUCUGGCAGCCCCAACAACCAAUGUUCUACCAGUUGUCCUAGAGGCCAAUUAAACACCCAAGUCAUAGCGAAAGGCAUCCACCCAAGUCCACCUUUGGUCCUGACAUGAGGUUUAGGUUUAAAUAGAGGUCCAGAAGUGUGCAUAGCUGAGCAGUCCUGGCCAGAGUGUGCUGCCAUAUGUCGCUAUGGACUCUGGCCAUGUGUUUAUCGUUGGGCUCCAGGGUCCUGCUAGUUGGUCUGACAAGUUGUUAGAACUGAGUGAAACCUCUCCCUGGGAGACACAUUCCACUCCCUGGCUCCAAGCUUCAACUUUUCUCCUCACAGGAGACUCCUGAAGAAAACCCAGUUCCUUGGAGAUUGCCACUUCAGUAGUCUGAUGGAAGGGAGGGACACAGAGAGCCUGUUUAAAACAUCUUUCUGCCAGGAUGGGUACACCCUCAGCCAUGACUCUUUAGCUCCUUCCAACUGUGACCAUGACCUGAGCCCCUUGCAAACACUGAUCUACUUUUGGUCUCUUCAAGCCUGCCUGUCACACUUCAUAUGAGUAAAAUCAUGGGAUAGAUUAUCUUUUGUGACUUGCUGCUUUGGCCUACCAUAAUGUUUCUAAACCUUGUAGCUUAUGUCAAGACUUCAUUUCUUAUUGCCCAAUAGUCUGCUGUAGGCAUGAGACCAUAUUUAUCAGUCAGUUGAUGAAAAUGUUUGCUUUUCAGUUAUGCACAUUUGUUCUAAGUAUCAUUUAAGUUUCUCUUUAUUUUGUCUUUGUAAUUUAUCUAUUUAGGAAAUACGCUUCUCUAUAGUUUACAGUCUGUGGUAUAGUUUACACACACUGCUGUCGUUUAACCUGUGCGUGUAUAUUGUAUUUCCUUUGAAUUUAUAUGUCUGGUGGUUCUUUUUAGACAGGGUCUCAUGUAGUUCUGACUGUCCUGGAAUUUGCUGUGGAGACCAGACUGGCCUUGAACUACCUCCUGCCUUUACCUCCUAAGUGCUGAGAUUAAAAGCCUGUGCUACCAUGCCUGAUCUGAUUGUUCACUGCUAAAUAAAGUCCCAGAAAAAAA